AUGGCUACUGGCUCUAGCUGGAAGAUGACGCGGGAGGAGUUGGUCAAAAUCUCAAUCCUUGAUGCAACAGAACUCUCGAAACGCGCUCUGCGAGCGGUGGGCUACACCGAUACAGACGCCGACACCAUCUGCUCUCAUAUCAUGGACGCGCAGCUUCGUGGAUACGGUCCUACAGGCCUCGCCAGGGUCCUCACCAUUGCCGACCGAGUCAGCCACAAGCUAGUAGGCAGUGCGGACAUGGUCAUCACUCGUGAGAGCCCGGCGUCAGCGCAAGUCGACGCCAAGGGAGCAAUAGGUUAUCUGGCCGCCUACCGAGCUACGGAACUGGCGAUCAAAAAGGCGAAAGCAGGCGGCGUGGGCAUCGUUGGUGUAAGCGAUACUUUCUUCGCCGGCAUGCUGUCCUACUAUGCUGAGAUGUGUACGAGACAAGACUUGGUAGUUAUGAUUACUGCCAGUGCUGGUCCCUGGGUUGCGCCCGAGGGCAGCUACACGCCUCGUUUCGGGACCAACCCGAUGUGCAUUGCUUUCCCGUCGGGCAUUAAGCAGCCCAUUAUCUGGGACAUAGGGACGUCCAAGAUCAUCCACGCGCAGGUGAAGCUGGCGCAGUUGAUGAACGAGGAGCUGCCGGAGGGCACUGCGUAUGACGAGAACGGCGAAGCGACCAGGGACCCGUUCAAAGCCAUGGAGGGGGCAAUGGCGGUCUGGGGCGGACACAAGGGCAGCGGUCUCGCGAUAGCUAUUCAGCUGCUGGGUGCACUGGCUGGGGCCCCAGCCCAUACAGGCAACACCGAGGGCUGGGGACUUCUCGUCAUCGCCAUGGACCCGGAGAUGUUCAGACCGAUCGACGACUUUAAGCGGGAGGUGGACUCCUACUCGCAAACCAUCAGGACUAGCCAGCCGCUCAAGGGGAACGGACCGAUCAGGAUGCCGUUUGAUCGAAGCUGGGAGAGCCGCGAACGCACAAGAGAGAGCGGCUAUGUGCAGGUGGAAAAAUCCGUCCUGGACAGUUUGCAGGGGCUGAUAGACGGAGCAAAAUGA